UCUCUCGCCCCAGCCCGAGUGGGAGCUCCCCGGGGCAAGGCGCAGUGUCUAUAGCACAAACUAGAUGCCCAGGAAAGCUCCCGUGACUGACGGACUCUCCCUUGGAGGUGAAGCAGAGAGCUUCUGCGCCCCAGCGCUGCCUCAAGAGCCCAGCCUGCUUGGUCCCCCUGGUCCUCGCUCCCUGCGUGGUGCCAUGAGCUGUGUCCUGAACAGAGUCGUCCCCUUGGGGCUGGUGCUGCUGGUCUGCGGAGCCCAAGGCUUUUUCCUGCCCAACGUCACCCACUUGGAGAAGCUGCUCAGCAAAUACCAGCAGGACAAGCCCCACUCCCGGGUCCGGAGGGCCAUCCCCAGGUCGGACAAGGAGGAGAUCCUCAUGCUUCACAACAAACUGAGGGGCCAGGUGUACCCCCCAGCCUCCAACAUGGAGUACAUGACCUGGGACGAGGAGCUGGAGCGGUCGGCGGCGGCGUGGGCUCACGAGUGCCUCUGGGAGCACGGGCCCACCAGUCUGCUGGUGUCCCUUGGGCAGAACCUGGCCGUCCACUGGGGCAGGUACCGCUCUCCCGGCUUCCAUGUCCAGUCCUGGUAUGACGAGGUGAAGGACUACACCUACCCCUACCCCCACGAGUGCAACCCCUGGUGUCCGGAGAGGUGCUCUGGGCCCAUGUGCACCCACUACACACAGAUAGUCUGGGCCACCACCAACAAGAUUGGCUGUGCUGUGAACACCUGCGAGAGGAUGAACGUCUGGGGAGAUGUUUGGGAGAAUGCGGUCUACCUCGUCUGUAAUUACUCUCCAAAGGGCAACUGGAUCGGAGAAGCCCCGUACAAAACUGGCCGGCCCUGCUCCGAGUGCCCGCCCAGCUAUGGAGGCAGCUGUAAGAACAACCUGUGUUACCGAGAAGAGACAUACAGCCCCAAACCCGAAACAGACGAGAUGAAUGAGGUGGAGGUGGCUCCCAUUCCCGAUGAGAAGCACGUCUGGGUCCAGCCGAGGGUGGUCAGACCCACGAAGCCCAAGAAAGCACCCGCGGUGACCUACAUGACCCAAGUUGUCCGAUGUGACACCAAGAUGAAGGACAAGUGCAAAGGGUCCACGUGCAACAGGUACCAGUGCCCUGCAGGCUGCCUGGACAGCAAGACAAAGGUCUUCGGAACUCUGUUCUAUGAAAGUUCGUCCAGCAUAUGCCGGGCCGCCAUUCACUACGGAAUCCUGGACGGCAGAGGUGGCCUGGUGGACGUCACCAGGAACGGGAAGGUCCCCUUCUUCGUCAGGUCUGAGAGGAAUGGCGUGGAGUCUUUGAGCAAAUACAAGCCUUCCAGCUCAUUCGUGGUAUCAAAAGUAAAAGUGCAGGACCUGGACUGCUACACCACUGUUGCUCAGCUCUGCCCGUUCGAGAAGGCGGGGACCCACUGCCCCAGAUGGCUCUUCUGGCGCUUUCAGAGUUCAAGCAUCUGCAAGACGGCCGUGCAUGCGGGAGUCAUCCAGAACGAGAGCGGGGGUUAUGUGGACGUGAUGCCCGUGGAUAAGAAGAAGACCUACGUGGGCUCGCUCAGGAAUGGAGUCCAGUCUGAAAGCUUGAGGACCGCUCGAGACGGAAAGGCCUUCCGGAUCUUUGCUGUCAGGCAGUGAAUUUCCAGCGCCGGGGAGAAGGGGGCGUGCGUCUUCAAGAGGGCUUCAGGGUUUUGCUUUUUAUUUUGGUCAUUUUGGGAGGGGGGUGGGCUGGGGAUAUAGAGAGGCAGGAAACUUCCUUUGAAUGGCGUUCGGUGUCACACCACCCUUUGUGCCUUUGUCUCGAACCACAUGGAGAAACGGCGUCCUUGGGGUCCCGGCCGGACAGCUGGUGACUGGUCCUGCUGAGGCCGAGGGUCUCCAUUUGUGUGCCCUCUCUGUACGGACAGUCACCAAGGCGUUCCUCCCUGGUGCUUCUCGGUGGGCGGCGGGGAGAGGGUUCCAGGUCCUCAGAGAUGGCGGGAUUCGGAGCUCACACCGGGGAGGCAUGCAGGGGCGGGAAGAGAUAGAGUGAGAGCCUGCAAGGCGAGUUUCAGGAAUGGAGUAGAAGGUGGUUAUUUAAAAACUUUGAAAACACGGUCCAUCCCUACCAAUGGAGAAAAUGGGUGUAAUGUUUGCUGGUCAGACACAUGGGCUGGAACCAGGGGGCUGGGGGAGCGAGGCCCGGGCCCCACCCUGCCCCCCCCCUUGCCAGCACCCCGCCUCCAGCAGGCUGGUUCUGUAGACAGCAGUGCUGGUUUAUUUAGAGUUCCACAGUAACUCCAGAGAUUUAUCUUGUCUUUGUCCUUCCCUUUGUCCACGUGGCCCGUCUGUUUGCUGCCGUGACCUUUGGUCUCCUUGAGGACAAAUGAACCAGGAUCCUUUCUUUGCCCCCUCCCCGUGUGGCUCCUGGCCCAGCCCAGACUGGUUUAUGCAUCACCUUCCCCACCAGGGUCUUUGCUUUGCAAACGGUUCUGUUGGCAACACCCUCCCCCCCCUUUUUUUUUCUCAACUCUUAGUGUCUGUUGGUUCCACUGAGGUGUCUACAAACAGCCAAAGGAGGGCUGUUUUGUUGCUGCUUUUAAAAAGCAACAAUGAAAUAUGCAGAGUCCCCAUGCGUCGGAUGACCUAGUUUUUAGCAGUGGGAGGAAUGGAUUCCUGAGUACAUUCCUCGCCCAGGUUAGCAGCUCUGGGAAGAAGAACAGUUUGUGGUUAUGAAACCAGCCUGCAGUAAAAUAGCAAGAGAUGGUAACACUCUAGAAGGAUUUCUCUUCCUGUUUUUGUGGAACAAUUCUUGACAAAUCCUCCUCGGGCUCCGAGGAGCGCGGUGCUCUCUGGGUCCCACUUUAUAAAAGUUCUUCAUGAGCCCAGACCAAAAACCCACAGUGAAAUAAAAUACCUUUUUGUAAAUAGCAUUGCUUUGCCGAAGGUGAAAUUCUACCCUCCGCCACGAGGCUGGCCGAUCUCUCACUUUUGUGAACGCCGGGUUUACAUUUGAUUUCACCCUCCGUCAAGAUAUUUCAAAGGCAAAGGAACUAGCAGAGGGUUUAAAAAAAAAAAACAAACCAAACCAAACAAAGCAAAACCAAGAUGGUCCGGACAAGGAAGUCUACUUGGGGAAGUAAGCUUGAUGUGUUGUUGAGAGCAUCUCUCCCUUGUGCACACACUGGAGGUAAAUAGCUUCCUUCCUCCACCUUUAGGAAUUGGGUAAGAGCAAUGCUACCCUUAGCUCAAUGGAGCUGGACUUAGCAGAGCUGUUUUUCCUUCGUGCACUGUGGGCUCGUAGUAAUUCAUAGGUUUUGACGAUUCAGCCCCAAAUGUCAGAGCACAAGAAUUUGGUCAGCCUGUCAGUUAUGUGUCUCGUGACAGCCCAAAGAUCUGAGUACUUGGAAACUUCUGGAUCCUAGGUGUUGUGCUGCUGGACGCUUGCUUCCUCAGCCCCUGCUCUGCCACCAGCCUUUUGUGGUCUGUGGCUUUUUUGGGACUGCAGGGUUGGGGUUUUUAGAAUUCGCGACCAUCCAGGGGCUCUUCCCAGAAGCAUCCUUCCCAAGGGAGAACCUGAAACGUCUGGUGUGAGCGGACCCCAUCACGUUUGACUCAAGUCCCCCGGUUGCUGGACGCCUCAGUAACCGGCCGGUCUCACGGGAUCGGCAGUCCUCACCCAGAGCCAGAACUCGCUCUCCUCUCUGUACUCACCAACAUUUUGCAACUGGAACCAUUUUUCUUCUGAAAAUGGAAACAAGGCUGCAAAGUCUAACCCCCUGUAAUUAGAGACCACCUCUCAUUUUGUGUGUUAACAGGACCCAUCAUGCCAUCGGCACGUAACCCACAUAGAAAGAUGACAAAUCAGGCCAACACUGUUUCUGGGUCUCCUGCCCCCAAAAUGAAAAGUUCUCGUUUCCUUCAGAUUUCUGCCCCAUCACGUUCUGGUUUUCAUAUUGUCUGUAGGCUCACUCAGCCCACAGCUUACAUGUGUGCUUUUUUCUAUGAAAAAUGAUGUAUUUUACUACUUCCUAUGUACAAAAGUUUAUUGUAAAUUUGUGUGUGUAUGUGUGCUUUGCAUGAACAGGGACCACGUUGCUGUCGUUUCAAUAAAACUGGUUUGAUUUCUAAAGUGUUUCUGUGACGUAUCUUUUUUGGACAAAUCUGAACAGUUUGCGAAAUAAAACGUUUACAACCCCC